GCUUUGCAUUAGAGUCCAAUCGGUGGUCUGGCCGGGAUAAAUAUGGGUCAAACGCACGUUCUACAAAAAGUUCCGGAUAAAAAGUGAAUGAUUUGUAUAAUCAUUAUACAUGUACUAUAUACUUAUAUAAUAAUUUAAAAUAUACAUUAAUUGUUCGAUUAUUAUUAUUGUUAUAGUGCGUUAUUUGUGAAUUAUAAAAUUAAUCAUUUUUAUUUUAUUUCCUUUCAUUUUUAACUGCAGUGAUUAUAAAAUACGUGAACAAGACAUUAUCAAAGAACACAAAAAGUUAAUAAAUUUUAUGACUAUGAAAUGAGUCCGAAGACAGAACUGAUGUUAUUAUUAUGAGUGAACUUCAAGCAACUGUAGAAUUUUCUGUCGAGUACUGCAAAUUUUAUAACAUAGAUCUAUUUCAAAGAGGAUUAUAUCGUAUUCGAACUGAACUUAAAGUUUCUCCUAAACUCUCUGUUCAAGUGGAAGUCAGUUUAAAAAAACAUCAACAAAGACAAGAUAAUCAAAAGUCCCCUCAAUUAUACUAUGUUGAAAAUGGAGAGGACCUUGGGGUCAGUAAAACGUUUCGAAUACUAUAUCGACAUGAGGAAAUUAUGCUCGACGAUAUAAUAUUGUUUAAAGCACAUGUCCUGGUAGACAGUCAAAAAUUACAGGAUAGUCUUGAAAGAGCUGGAUUUAUUUUAAAUGUUGAAUUAUGGUUUGGAGAAAAUGGCUCUAUGUGUUGCGUCUCCAGCAGAACUCUUCAACUACAUGUCUGUCCAGCGAGAGGAUUACAUUACCACUUACCAGUAUUAUUUGAUUACUUUCAUUUAUCAGCUGUAACUUUGACUAUACACGCGAGUUUGGUCGCUUUACAUCAACCCUACAUUAAAAAAAGUAUCUUGAAUUAUAUGCAAAGUUGUGCUCCUAGAACUGGUAAAACAUGGUUAACAAAUAAUACAAAUCGAUUUAAUUUUCGGCCAUCACAUUCCAUAGAAUCUGUAUUUUUUGGCAACGCGAAUGGCCAAAACGGGACCACUAAAUGUGUCGGAAGCUCAGGGAACAGUAACAACAACAAUCAUGUUAGUCGUAUGCUUAAUGCUCGACUUAUUCAUCGCGAAGUUUGUUCAUUGUUAUCGGAAGCUUUCGACAAUCUUCAUUCCACAAUUGCUCAAUAUAAUAGAAUAAUGCCGGUAUGGCAACAAGUUGAAACACCUGCCGGCCUUAAAACUGCUGUUACAAUUCCUCAAACAAACAAAAUACUAGAUGAAGAUGAAUUUCUAGCCUUAGCAAAUAGUAGUAUAGCUCAGUUAUGUGCUCAAAACAUAUUGCUAUGGCAUCAUUUUUUAGAUAAUUUUACAAAAAAACAAGCCAUAAAUCAGCAUCUUUCUAAAAAACACCAUCAACUUCGAGUAAGGAGAUUUUCCGAAGCCUUUUUUGUACUAGAAAAUCCGAGGCAAAGUGCAGCGGGUUGUUAUGAUGAUCAUAAUAAUUAUCAACACUAUAGAUCAGUAUCAGAAGCAGCUAGAAGAUCUAGAUACUUAGCUUCAUUGCCACCUUUACCUGUUCAUUGCUCAGCAACAGAUGGCGAUCCUAUCACUUUGCCUGUAAUUUUUGAAGAUCAGUAUACAAAACCUGGAAGUAAUAAUAGAAGAUCAGAUAAUGGUGAAUCUUUUAUUAACUCGUGUGACAUUCCACUAAAUACAUUGCGACAAACACUCUUACUAAAUCAAGAUUGUAGUUGCGGUAUUGCAGCUAUAUUAGAAUCUAGAAGAUGUAGUCAAAUGGCAUCAACUGGAAAAUUACUUAAAGUUAAAGGUACGGAUACAAAUCAAAAACCAGACAAUCAACGUAUUAAAACUAGACACAGCAAAUCUUUAGACCAGUUGUUAAGAUCAACUGUAAUGGAUACACCAAUGUUAUCAUUACCGCUUAGUUUUUCAAGAACUUUCGAAACAAAUAAUAAUGGCAAUCCUACUGAAAGAUCAACAAUACCAAAGCAUACAAAAUAUAAAAAAUUAGAUCUUAUUCAGAAUACUAAAGUUAUGACACUGCCUCGUCGUCUAAAAGAUAAUAUCAAACCUCCCGAGUUUCGAAUACAGCCAAAUGGUUAUGCCUCUUUACCAAUACGAAGAAAUGAUAGGCGAUCUUAUCGAUCGAUGCGUAUGACAGAAAAAAUUAAUCCAAUAGUUGUAAAUAAGUCUAGAUCACCAUCGUCCGGCGAGGAAUCUCCGAUUUCAAAAUUAGGAACUAGUGUUAGUGUUCCACUUCAGUUAGAAGCACUGAAUACAUCACCAAUCAUGGUUAAAUAUUCAAAUAGUACCACUUCUAUACCAGAUUUAGUAAACGAUAAAGUAAUUUCGGCCGUAGCGAACAGUAGUGAAUCAAUGCCAGACUUACCAUCAACAGUAGUGACACGAUUUUCAUCAGUUUCUGAUAGUGAAAUAACUUCAGAACAAAGUGGAUGGGUUUCCAGUCGUCAGUCUUCGACAUCUUCAUUUUCUGGUCAAAUUACUCCAAAAGCGGAUGAUCCGUAUGAUACAAAACACGAUUUGUACAUAGGGAGAGAAUUACAAAGGAGGUUGUUAAAAUUACUCGAAGAGUCACCAAAUAGAAAAAUGACUAUAACUGAAAAAAAAAUAAAAUCUUCUAAAUGUAUUAAACAAUCUGGGGCUAAUAGGUUAACGUCCAAUGAUCAGUUAUAUGAAGAAGUUCGCUUACCACCGCCCAGACAAUUUAGAGAUAUUCCUCUACCUCCUGAACCUUUUAGAGAUACGAUUCCUCCACCAGAUUCAGUUGACAAUUUAUUAUACCAUAUGUAUGAAACCGUAAAAGAAGCUAGAUGGAAUGAUCAACAUCGAUUAGCAAUGAGACAGAAAAAGUUUUCAGAAAGUUCUAAGAAACCUAUAGCCAGAACUAAGAAAAAUAAUGCGGAACCGGAAUACUACGAAGACGAAACACACAAAGACAUAAAAGCUGAUGGCCGGAUUCAUUCUUAUAACAGUGUUGAAGACAAUUCAAUGUUUCAGAAAUAUAAGGAACAAUUUAAAAAACAAAUGAGUUUUACUGGUAUUAUUUAUAGUGACGCUCAUAUAUUAGCUUCAACAUUACCAUACUUUCAUAUCAGCGAAGAUUUACGCAUGUUCUCACCCGAAGGUGUUCAUCUCAUAGUAUGUGUCCACGGACUGGACGGUAAUUCAGCUGAUUUACGUUUAGUUAAGACAUACAUCAAAUUGGGUUUACCUGGUGCUCAUCUGGAGUUUCUCAUGUCUGAAAGAAACCAAGGGGAUACAUUCUCGGAUUUUGAACGUAUGACUGAUCGUUUAGUAAACGAGAUUCUUGGUCACAUAUCCUCGUUUCAACUACCACAUUAUCCAUCUAGGAUAAGCUUUGUUGGUCAUUCCCUUGGAACAAUCAUCAUUAGAGCAGCAAUUGCUCGACCUCAAAUGAAACAUUUACUACCAAAAAUGCAUACAUUUUUGUCACUUUCAGGCCCUCAUUUAGGAACUUUAUAUAACACUAGUGGAUUAGUGAAUAUGGGUUUAUGGUUUAUGCAAAAAGUUAAAAAAAGUGGUACUUUACUUCAGCUAUCUUUGAAAGACGCUGCAGAUAUUCGACAAACGUUCCUUUAUCAAUUAGCUCAAAAUUGUCAUUUAAGUUAUUUUAAGCAUGUUCUAUUGUUUGGUUCAUCCCAAGAUAGAUAUGUUCCACCUCAUUCAGCAAGAAUCGAGCUGUGCAAAGCCGCUAUUAAAGAUACAUCGCCCACCGGGUUGGCGUAUCGAGAAAUGGUGAACAAUAUUUUAUGUCCAAUAAUCAACAAAUUGGAUGUUACGUUUAUCCGUUAUGAUGUACAUCACGCAUUGCCGAACACCGCAAACUCAUUGAUAGGAAGAGCAGCUCAUAUAGCAGUUUUAGAUUCAGAUUUAUUCAUUGAAAAGUUUUUGGUGGUAACUGGACUUAAAUAUUUUAGGUAGAUGUAACGAAUAUUUCGUAAAAUCUCUUGUGGUCUUGCAAACUGAAUUUUAUAACGCAAGCACUCGCGGUAUUAUUAUUUUAACAAACUUUAACUAUCAAAUCAUUUAUUAUAGUUAAUAAAGUUUUAAGUUUUAAUACUUUUAUGAAUUGCCCAAGAUUAGAGAGUUUAACAAAAUAUUUAUAAGAAUAAAAUAAUAAUUAACAAAGAA